UGGAAAACAAGAAACAAAGGAAUACGGCUUGUCAACAUCUACAAAGUCACAUUCAUAUGAGAUGGACUCAGUCGGUGUACAACAGGUAGCCCAGUCCUUUUUGGACCAAUUAAAUUAUACUUCUCCACUCAGUGCAUUGUCACCUCCUAUGGAUUCCAGUCUUGUAAAGAUCAAUAAGCUCAAUUCAUCAGAAGAUCAAGGAGGCCACCUUCUCCAGUCAAUUAAAUUUAAUCCUACAGUAGGAACUAUACUAAGUGCUGAACAUAUGGACAUCAGAUUUAAUUGCUCUAUCAGUGUUCCCAAGUCACUGGUCAACCAAGACUUCCCACCUAUUUCCUUGUGGAAGAAUGGGAAGGAAAUUCUUGAUGCUGACAGAAUAGCCAGCCACUAUUAUCAGUUUGAUGACAAUGAUGUAACCACUAUGAAAUCGACUUUCAGUAUAACCAAUGCUCAGCGUUCUGAUAAUGGGUCUUAUAGCUGCAAACUGAAAGUUAAGAAUGAUGAAAUUGAAUCAGAUCCUAUUUUGGUUUUGUUAGAAGGACUGCCACAUUUCAUUAAGCAGCCCCAGGGGCUGAAUGUUACCCGAAAUAAACCAUUCAAUCUCACGUGUCAUGCUGUGGGGCCUCCUGAGCCUGUUGAGAUUCGCUGGCAUUGGAAUAGCAGCCAAAUCCCAAAGAAAACUGACAUUUCUCCAUCUGUGCUGACCAUGCCAGGUCUUAAUGAAGCUGCUGUUUUCCACUGUGAAGCACAUAACAAGAAAGGAUUAGCAACAUCGUCUGAAGCCCGAAUCAAUAUAAAGGGAAUUCCAUCCCCACCUAUGAAGGUGCAGGUUCUGAAUGCAAGGGCCCACACAGUGGUGGUAUCCUGGGUCCCAGGGUUUGACGGUUAUUCACCUUUGAGCUCCUGCAGUGUUCUGGUGAAGGAUGUUGCUGCACCAAGUAACACUUCUAUGAUGAUUUUUAGCACUCCCAUACCACCUCAUCAGUAUCAUAUUCAGAAUCUAUCAGCCAUGAAGGAUUAUAACAUCAGUGUUUCUUGUAUGAAUGAAGUAGGUUGGUCUAGCUUCAGCCCUUGGAUUAUGGCCAGUACAACUGAAGGAGCUCCAUCUGCCCCCCCUUUGAAUGUCACAAUCUCUAUCAAUGACUCCAGUUCUUCUGUAAUAGUCAUGUGGAUAAAGCCCCCUGCUUCACAGAUGAAUGGUGAACUGCAGAGCUACAGGAUCUCUCAUGUAUGGCAGACAUCAGAACAAUCUAUGAAUCUCUCUUCCCAUACCAGUAAAGAUGUGAAUGUCAUCCAUAUUCCAUUUGUGGCCAUAAAUGCCACCUGCAUAGUGCAAGUAGCUGCUGUCACUAAUGGUGGAGUUGGGCCUUUCAGCGACCCAGUAGCACUUUUCAUUCCAGGCAAUGGUUUGAUAUCUGUUGCAUCUUCUACGACACUAGCAUCUAGAAAUACAGAUUCACUUACAAUAAUCCUUGGAGUUAUAUGUGGAGUUGUUGUCAUUGGACUAAUCCUGUACAUAUCUGUGAUUAUCAGGAAAAAAAUUACAGAGGAGACCAAAUUUGGGUAUGCUUUUAGCAGGGAAGAGACAGAACUGGCUGUAGAUUACAGAGCCAAGAAAUCUUACUGCCGCAGAGCUGUAGAACUCACAUUGGGUAGCCUAGGAGUAAGUGAAGAACUUCAGGAGAAACUUCAGGAUGUUAUGAUUAUCCGGAACAACUUGGCCCUGGGAAAGAUCUUGGGAGAAGGGGAAUUUGGAUCAGUCAUGGAAGGGAAUCUCAACAAUCCUGAUGGAACCACUCAGAAAGUUGCUGUGAAAACAAUGAAAUUGGACAGCUUUUCCCAACGAGAGAUUGAAGAGUUCCUCAGAGAAGCAGCAUGUAUGAAAGACUUUGAUCACCCAAAUGUCAUCAAACUUCUUGGUGUGUGCAUAGAACCAAGUUCUCAGCAGGUUCCAAAGCCCAUGGUGAUUCUCCCAUUUAUGAAAUAUGGAGAUUUGCACAGCUUUCUUCUUCGCUCAAGGCUUGGAAUGGGUUCCCAGUAUGUUCCACUGCAGAUUUUAUUGAAGUUUAUGAUCCAUAUUGCUCUAGGAAUGGAAUACCUCAGUAGCAGACAUUUCCUCCACAGAGACUUGGCUGCCCGAAAUUGCAUGUUGCGGGAUGACAUGACUGUGUGUGUAGCAGACUUCGGCUUAUCAAAGAAAAUUUACAGUGGAGAUUAUUACCGGCAAGGGCGUAUUGCAAAGAUGCCUGUUAAAUGGAUUGCGAUAGAAAGUCUUGCUGAUCGAGUCUACACAACAAAAAGUGAUGUGUGGGCUUUUGGGGUUACAAUGUGGGAGAUAGCAACCCAAGGAAUGAAUCCAUACCCAGGAGUGCAGAACCACGAAAUCUAUGAUUAUCUACUUCAUGGGCAUAGGCUAAAGCAGCCAGAGGGCUGUUUAGAUGAUUUGUAUGAAAUCAUGAACUCCUGUUGGAGGGCAGAUCCUGUGGAUCGACCUACCUUCUCAGAACUUAAGCUUCACCUGGAGAAAAUAUUGGAAAGCUUACCUGCUCUGAGUGAACCAGACAGUGUAAUUUAUAUUAACACCAACUUGCUGGAGGAGAAUGCAGAAGGGCUGAUAGAAGAUGAUGCAUUUCCCCAAAUAGACACAGUCCUUGAUAUGAAUGAUAUCAUAGAAUCUUGUUCCCAGAGACCAGAGCCUACAGUGGUCACUGUGGAUAUCCAUGAAAGCAGCGGAAUGGGGGAUAGAUACAUUUUGAAUGGAGUUAGUGAAGAGCACCUGGCCAGUGUGGUAAGAACACAGGAGGAAGAUAUGCCAUUGCUUCAGCAUACCCACUUGCAGAACGGGAUGCAGUGGUCUCAAGCCAGCACACUCCCUGUAGGAAAUACAUUGGCUAAUGAACUACUCUAUGCAGACGAUUCUUUGGAGGACUCUGAAAUUCUGCUGUGAAAGAAGAACUAGCAUUCUCGUAUGAACUGCAGAUCAGAGACCCUUCUCAGCCAGAAGUGCUCUGGAUAGCCAUUGGAUGUUCUCAUCGUGGAAAGCCAUCCUGUGUAGCAUGCUCUCCAAGCCUUGAACAGCAGAUGACUUUAGAAGAAACAUUUGGUAUCUUUAUAGAAAUUAUAUUUUAAUAAACAAAUAUGAUGAUG